GCAAAAUUGAACGGAAGGGCCAUGAACCAUGCAAUCCGUCCCCGCCCACGCCAGCGGCGGCGGCGCCUGCAUGUCCGCCGUCGGCCUCCGCCAACUCGCCGCUUCCGGACGCCACCACAAGGCCCUCGCCCUUCUCCGCCACACCCUUCUCUUCGACCCUCAUCCGCCCAUACCUAUUGCCUCCCUCCUCCCCUCCGCCCUUCUCGCCGCCGCCGCCCUCUCCCUUCCCGCCGCCGCCUUCCACCUCCACGCCAUCUCCCUCAAGUCCGGGCUCCUUCCCUCCGACGCCUACGUCCUCACCACCGUCGUCACCGCCUACUCUCGCCUCCGCCUCCUUCCCCUCGCCUGCCGCCUCCUCGACGAGCUCCCUGCCGCCGAAAUCGCUACCUCCGCCUUCAACGCCCUCAUUUCCGGCCACGCCCUCGCAUCCUCCCCCUCCCCCGCCGCCCUUGCUACCUUCCGCCGCAUGCGACUUGCGGGUGUCCCUUUCGACGAUGUCACCUUCCUCGCGCUCCUACCCGCUGCUCCUCCGGCGUCAAUUCCGCCGCUCCACGGCGUCGCCUUCAGGUCCUCUCUCGUCUUCGCUCCUUCCGUCUCGAACUGCCUGCUUUCAUGCUUCUCCAGAAUCGGCGCCGUCGAUGUUGCUCGCCAACUGUUCGACGAAAUGCCCGACCAACGAAAAGACCUUGUUUCCUGGAACGCCAUGAUCUCCUGCUAUGCCCAGAAUGGUCUCGCUCAUCAAGUGUUAGCUUUCUACGACAAGAUGAAGGAAUCUACUUCAGUAGAACCAGACGCCAUCACACUCAUCUGUGUGCUUUCCUCCUGCGCUAACCUCGGUGCCCACUCCAUUGGACGGAGAAUAGAAAGUUUCAUCAACCAGAAAGAUUCAUAUACUUCCAACACUCACAUAAAGAAUGCACUUAUCAAUCUGCAUGCCAAGUGUGGAGAUUUGGCUCGAGCACGGAAAGUGUUCGAUGAAAUGCAUCAGAGAACCAUAGUUUCAUGGACAGCAAUGAUUGCUGGAUAUGGCAUGCAUGGACAUGGCGAUGAAGCACUGUUUCUGUUUGAUAAAAUGUUGGAGGAGGGAAUCAAGCCUGAUGAAGUCGUUAUGGUUAGUGUGUUGUCAGUUUGUAGUCAUGUAGGGAUGACCGACAAAGGAAUGGAGUACUUCGCUUCCAUGAAGACAGUGCAUGGUAUAAUGCCAAGUAGAGAGCACUAUGCUUGCAUGGUAGACCUUUUGGGUCGUGCUGGCCAGCUGAAGGAGGCUUGGGAUUUGAUCGUGUCAAUGCCGAUGGAGCCUGACGGUCCCAUUUGGGGCGCAUUGUUGGGUGCAUGCAAGAUUCAUAAAAAUGUGGAAUUGGGAGAGCUUGCUUUUGAGAAAGUCAGUAAGCUUGAUCCGACAAAUGUUGGUUACUAUGUGCUUCUGUCAAACAUAUACUCGGAUGCUGGGAGGUUGGAUGGCGUGGCGAGAAUUCGGGCUAUAAUGAAACAAAAUGGACUAAAGAAGGACCCUGGAUGUAGUUAUGUUGAUUAUAAGGGUAAGGUUCAUUUGUUCAUGGCCGACGACCAUUCUCAUCCACAGGCUAAUAGGAUUUACAAGAUGAUUCUUCAGUUGGAAGCUAUGGUCAAAAAUGAUAACGGGGUGUAUAGAAAUAAGACGACGGAAAAUUUGCCACUGACAGGUAUUCAUAGUGAAAAGUUGGCACUUACUUUCGGUCUCCUGAACACUGAAUCUGGGGAAGAAAUUGUUGUGAUCAAGAACUUGAGGGUAUGUGAGGACUGCCAUCAUUUCAUGAAGACGGUCUCCCAUAUUGUUAAUCGAAAAUUCAUUGUGAGGGAUGCAAGUCGCUUCCAUCAUUUUGAAGGAGGGACAUGUUCUUGCAAAGAUUAUUGGUGAAGUUUGCCGGUAGCACUUCUAUUGUAGAAAUUCCGCAUAUGCUGCUUCAGCAACCGCAUUAAGAUAUCUAAGAUGCAAGUUUAGGAAUCUUUCAAUUGAAUUAUUGAACAUACUGUGAAUCACAAGCUGAUGGAAGCAUAUUUGGUUCUUUACAAAUGAGGUUGAUGCCAUGCCACUAGCACUCAGUUUUAUCUGAGGUAAGAUCUUUUGUCGAUAAAUGCUGCAUAAGUUGUAGAAGUUAUAAUGCACCUUGAGUCUCUGAUAGCUUAAUCUGUUCGAAACUACAUGACCGACUACUUGAUCUAGAUAGCCAACAUGUCUCAAAGUUCACAAUUUGCUUAUACAGUAAUCUUACUUCAGGGAAGAAGAAUUAGUCGAUAGGUAGCUAUGUUGUUGUUGAAUGAGAGUUAUGUGAUAUUUUGUUCUAUUUAAUGCAUAGCUUAGUGAAAGGCUUUGUAAAGCUAUCAACAAUUCAUUUUUUAAUAAAGGUGUGAAGUUUCACA